AUGGUUCUAAUCUAUGUUAAAUCCGGGGAAUGGGUGUCUGAUUUCAGUGAAGAGUGGAGUUUCGUGGUAGAGAAAGCAAGGGGUGGUCGAAUGGUAACAUUAGAAACUACUACUCCAUUGGUGGUGGUCAAGAGGAUCGUGUGUGAGGAUUAUGGGUUGGACCAUAUUGCUGUUAAUGCCGAGUUCAGUUACUCGAUAGUGAAUCAAAGAGGAAAUCCUCCAAUUUUUAUCACCAAUGAUCGCCAAUCAUCUAAUUUUGUGGCUUAUGCGAAGAGGGAUUCAUCUACUACCUUGUGCGUCACGUUCUCUGGUUCUGGCGUAAAUAAAAACGAACGGAUCAAUAUUGAUUUGAAUAAGGAGCCGUGUGAUUCAAGUAAUGUUGAGGAUGAAGAAGUUCUGGAGAUAAAUGGAGCCGCGUUUGUGAAGCCGUCAAAGGAGUCUUGUGGUAGAAAGAAGGAUCAUGUCGCCGCUGAUGGUUGUCGUGAUGCUGGUUUAAGGAGUCAAAAAAUUGGAGAUUCUCAAAAUAAUGGAGAUACUGAAAAGUCUGGUCGAGAGUGGAGAGGAGAUUUUGUGAAGAAGAAUCAACUUUUCAAGAGUAAAGAGGUUCUGAAGGCAACAAUGGAAAUUUUGGCGAUGAAGAAUAAUUUCGAUUACACUGUUAUCAAAUCCACGAGAAAAUGGUGGUAUUGCCGAUGUAAGGAUGCAUUAUGCAAUUGGAGUGUGCGUGCAGAAGGUUUGGACGGGUCUGCAUAUUUCAUGAUCAACCGGUGUGAGGAACGACAUUCAUGUGCACCUUCAAAGAAAAGCAAUUUCGGAAAAACAGCAUCGGCAAGAACAAUUGGGAGACUAAUACAACAUCGAUACGGUGAUGCCAACGAUGGCCCAAAACCAAAUGACAUCAUUGACUUUAUGAGAUUGGACCAUAGUUGUGAGAUUACUUAUGGGCACGCUUGGGAAGCUCGGGAGUUUGCUAUUGCAGCUGCUAGAGGUAUACCAGAUCGCAGUUAUGCUAAAAUACCAUCGUAUUUGCAUAUGCUUAAAGAAGCUAAUCCUGGUACGCAUACUCACUAUGAAAUUAAUGACAAGGGGAGAUUCAUGUAUCUAUUUAUGGCAUUUGGGCAAUCAGUUAGAGGAUACUACAAUGCAAUGCGAAGGGUGAUUGUUGUUGAUGGAACUUUUCUGAAAAAUAAAUACAGAGGAGUUCUACUUGUUGCUACUGCUGUAGAUGGUAACUCUAACUUGUAUCCGAUUGCAUUUGGAGUUGUUGAUUCAGAGAAUGAUGAUUCAUGGGGUUGGUUCUUCAGGCAGUUGAAAGUGGUUAUAAAAGACUGUCAAGACUUGGCUUUUGUCUCAGAUAGAAAUUCAUCUAUUGCUAAAGCGAUUGGGACUGUCUACCCGCGAUCAGCACAUGGAAUAUGCAUUCAUCACUUGUUGACCAAUGUGGUUGCAUUUUUCAAGACAAAAGGGUUCACUGCCUUGGUUGAAAAGGCUUCACGGGCAUAUAGGUUCACUGAAUUUAAGGAACAUAUGACCCAAAUUUUUGAUAUGAGUCCUGAGCUUGGAAGAUAUCUACAGGAGGCUGAUGUGCGCAAAUGGGCUCGUUCUCUGUUCCCUGGAUCCAGGUACGACAUUAGGACCACAAACCCUGCAGAGUCAAUAAAUUCAGUUUUGAGAGUACCUAGAGAAUAUCCGGUUAUUCCUUUGCUAGAUAGUAUAAGAGAACUGUUGACUCGAUGGUUCUAUGAGCGUCGCCUGGUAAGCUCUAAGCAUCUUGAUCCUUUAACCGCUGAGGUAGAGAAAAAGAUAGAUAGGAGAAUUGUGAAGGCAAAGGGGUUUAAGGUUUACAAGACUGACAACGUCAAAUCGGUGGUGAAAGGAGACAUAUAUGAUUGUCAUGUUGAUUUGGAAAGAAGAACAUGCACAUGUGGGAAGUACGAUAUAGGAAAAAUUCCUUGCCGACACGCCAUUCCAGCAAUUUAUUCACGAGGUUUGGAAGUACACAGAUUUACCGACGCCUUCUACAGCACUACAGCAUGGAGAACCGCAUAUGAGGAAAGCAUUAACCCAAUAGCAGUUCCACAGUCUGAAUGGAAGGUCCCAGCUGAGGUUAAACUUGCCAAGAUUUUACCACCAGAGACAAGAAAGAGUGCUGGUCGACCAGUAAAGAGAAGGCAUGAAUCAGUAGAAGACAAGAUAAAAUCUUCUCAAGGAUCAAGAAAGAAUAAAAAGCACAAGUGCAGCCGUUGUGGUAACAAAGGACACAAGAGUUGUUGUCAGCCACUCCUCCAACUUUCUUCACUUCUCUCAACUCAUUUGGCAGCCACUCCUCCAACUUUCUGA